CGGCAGAAAAAAUUGCAAAAAUGUACUGCAUGACCGUGAACAGAUCAUAGAUGAGAGGAAGACAUCAACUGUAAAUUCUAGGAUCUAGGUUGUAAUGAAAAAUGUCCAAACUGUGGCAGAAACCUUAUGUGAAUCUUUUCAAACACUAUAACACUUCAGAAUGGAAGAAAUGUGCAAAAGAAGGCGAUGUUACAGCAAUUAUGGACAAACAGCUGAAAUGUACCGUGUAUCGCAUUGCAGGCUCAAUUCCUGCAGGCAACUUCAUUCAGUUUCCUCGAACAUCUACGCAAUCACUGGGGCUGGUUGGUCGAUAUCUCUACAUCUUGUUUAAACCAAUAUCAGGCAAAUUUUUUGUCGCACACAUUGAUGUAGCAACUGAAGAUGGUCUUCCAAUACGUAUCUCGUUUUCAAACCUUUUUAAAGAAUUCAAGUCCACAUCAACAUGGUUGCAAUUUCCAUUUGUACCUCGACCACCCCCCAAUUCUUUGGACGAGGCAAUAUUGGCAAGCUCUACAAAUCAUGAAAAUGUUGGUGAUGUAUCAUUAUCGACACGUGAUACAUUCCUAAUGCUGGACCUUCGUCACAUCAUCUCGUUUUUCCUCAAUCAGCAAUACGCCUAUUUGAAAAAUAUUCGUUUAUGCGCGAACAUGCUCGUGAAAGGACUGUACACGAGCGACACUGAAUACGAACCAGGACUCACAAUCAACGAAGCCAGAAGACUGGGGCUAAUGACGACUGGCUACGUACCGGUACCACGUGACAUGGCAAUCCACGUGCCCAAAGGUAUGGACUGGCACGAGUUGUAUGACGUCAUAAAAUUUCCCGGGAAAAGCAAACCUAUGAAGAAGGGGAUCAUUCGUAAUGAUGGAAUGGAUUUAAAAGUGGUGACCGACGACUACAAGAAACAAGAACAAACGCGACGUCAAGUAGUAGCAACGCACGUGCCACCAGUGGGUCUGAACAUCCCUGUUGGUCUCCAAGCUCAAGAUCACCUUGAUACGCAAGUCUACGCUUACAAAUCGAGGAAAAAUAUCGAUACUUUAUCACCAAGUAAUCAUCAAAAGAAUAAAGAAAAUAGAAGUUUAAAACCAGAUCCGAUUUUGAAAUUGAAACAUAUUGUUGGCUACGGUGGAGCGAAUUUCAAGGAAUUAUUUUGGACAAAGAAUGGCGCAUGCGUCGUGUAUCCAUGUCAUGCCGUGAUUGUUUCCAUGGAGAUAUCUACGGGGCAUCAACUAUUCUUCAUUGGUCACACCGACAAGGAUUCGGAAUUACUGCACACUUGUUUUAAUUACGUGGAUUACUCCUUAUUAGCGCUCAUUUCAUUGCAGGUUUCUGCCCUUACCUUCAACGGAAACUCUUCGAUACUAGCUUCAGGGCAACUUGGACAGUCGACUGUGAUUCGUGUGUGGCGAUAUCAAUCCGGUGAUUGUAUUGCGAUCUUUAACUCUCAAGUGAGAGAACUUUAUUGCUUAAGUUUCUCAAAUAGUGGUGGAGUUUUGUGCGGUUGUGGAAAAGACAAUCACGGUAAACAGAUGGUGGUAGUUUGGGAUACAUCACGUUGUGGAAGGACUGGAGAAAUUGCUGUGGUUGCCAAGGCACAUACUGACGUUGACAUUACGCGAAUCAAAAUUGUUCCUUUCGAUGACACAAGGAUGAUAUCGUGUGGACUUGAUAAUAUACAAAUCUGGAUGGUUCGUCACGGCUCCUUUACCGAUAUUGCUUUUGGUUACGAACUUGUAAAUGGAAACAACAAGAAAUAUCGAAUGAUAUAUGUUUCUUCGAACCGUGGAAUAAUUUUUGAAGUCAACUACGAACUGAUGGUGAUUCAUAAGGUGCGACGACUACUUCCGACCGGAAGCCGAGAGGAUCUUGUUCACGCGAACCUGGGUGAAUUCGGAAUUGGUAUCAACUGCAUCUCUGUCACAGAUGCUUUCUGUAUGACAGGCUCUGACGAUGGCUAUCUCAGGCUGUGGCCCUUGGAUUUCUCGGGUGUAAUAUUAGAGGCAGAACACGAUGGUGCUGUCUCGUCUAUCGACAUCAAUCCGAACUGUUUAUCUGUUCUUGCCGGUACAGUAACGGGUAGCAUUGGAAUUCUCGACAUCUCCACACGUUCUUACAAAACACUGAUGAGAUCUCAUACCAAACAAAUACUCGAUUGCUCCUUUGAUCCAUCACGUGGUUCUCUCGUGACCGUGUCCGAUGAUGAAACUAUUCGUGUAUGGGACCUAGACACCUUUAAUCAAUUGUAUGAUUUUAGAGCAGCCAAUGAGAAUCCUUGUACUGUGACGUUUCAUCCUCAUCAAUCACUCUUUGUCUGUGGCUUUCGGAAUGGGGCAGUUCGCGUUUUUGAUAUAGCAAGUUCUUCAAUGCUAGCAGAGCAUAAGGAACACAAAGGGAUGAUUACAGGAUUGGCUUUUUCUCCGAACGGUGAACACAUGUACAGUGCUGGAUCGCAAGGAAUUUUAGUGCUAUACCAAGGUUCCACAGAGGAGCUCAAUGUACAAAGAAUUCUUAUCAAUACAGUGGCACCUGGGGAUCAUUUAGCUCCCGAUGUGUUGUCCGUCAGUGAUGAUGGUCAGCGGCUUGCUGUUAUUGGUCCAUUCGAAUACGUGAUUACUGUAAUGGACUGCCGCACUUUGGACGAGGUUCUACGUAUAGAUAUAACAACAAUACAUGCAGGAAAUGUUUCCACUACUGACGAUACUGCCCUCAGAUUGUGCUACUCUCCUAUGGCGUUAAAUCAACUUUUGGUGGUUACUGCUGGUUGUAGGCUGUUGAAAUUUGAUGCACAUAGUGGGCAGUUAUUGAGCGAGGUUUCCAACGUUCAUCGAUCUAGCUGUUCAAGUCUUGAUCCUUUCCAAACUGGGCAUUUUCUUGCAACUGCUGGUGAUAAACGUAUCAAGAUAUGGGACUAUCACAUGAAAAUGGACUUGAAUUUCCAGGUAUUUAUUGGCCAUUCAAAUAAUGUCUCCAAAGUUUGUUUUACCCCAGACCUCCAAGCUUUAGUCAGUAUUGGAGAGGCGAUAUUUAUCUGGGAUUUUCUUGCAGAUGGCCGCGUUCCUUUGGAACCUGGUGGAAGAGAAGAAGCGAUUGAUUACAACAAAGAUGAAUCGGAUAAAACUGCACAUGUUUUUGAUGGAGCUGGCUCACCAACACAAGAUGAAAUUGGAGAAUCUGAUCUCAAACCCAGACCUCCAAUUAUGGCGACCGAAUUACCUCUACAGCCUCUCCCCAGUUCUCCAGGCAAACGGGACGAGAUGGUCGUAAACUCUCCGUCUAAGAAAGACGUGAAAGUCAUCGAUAGUUUCAAUCCUAUUGUGACUAGAAAUUUAAAAGUUCCGAACAACACUCCAGAGAUAUCGAAGUCGAUCAAGACCCAGACCCCGAUCCGCAAUUCGCUUCCCUCAGAUACAGGUCACCCAUUCCCUGGUGUGCUAAAACAUUACAAGAAACGUAAGAGUUCCACUGCGUUGCCUGAAAGAAAAUACACGGCACCCAGAAGUCAGGCUGGACUUGCUUUGCUGGCUGUUCUUGAUUACAACGGAGAUGGCCGGAACAAUAUGUGUUGGCAUCCUGAAACAGGUUUGUUCGUUUACACCAGUGGCUGCAUCGUUAUCAUCGAAGAUCUUCAUGAUGGAAAACAAAAACAUCUCAUGCAACAUUUUGAAGAGAUUUCCACAAUAGCUCUUCAACACGAUGUUCAGGUUCUUGCCUCGGCAUCCGGGUCUUCGAAGACGGUGGCGUCAUGCAUUUGUAUCUGGGAUAUUGCAACUGGUGAUUGUAAAAAGAUGCUGACAUAUCACUCCUAUGAGAUUGUUGGCCUUCAUUUCUCAAGAGACGAUCGUUUUCUGAUCUCAGUCGGAGAUUACAGGGAGUGUUCCGUGGUAAUAUGGGGUACUAAGGACUACAAUGUACUCACAUCGUCCUAUACUAAAACUCCAAUCCAUGACAUCGCAUGGGAUCCUUAUACGAUGAACGAGUUUGUGUCGGUCGGACAAGAUGGUCACGUGCUGUUUUGGUUACUGGAAGAAUCUCGUGGAUCUUUCAACUUGAAUGUUUGCGAAGGGAAAGUUCCCGAAGAUUUGUUAUACACUUCAAAGCAGAAUGACUCCAUGGUACAUUUUACAAGUGUCCGCUAUGCUGGUGAUAAUGUGCUUUAUAUAGGCAAUAAUGCUGGAAUUAUAUCCGUUUGGGAUACAAGACAAAACAAGUGUUUUAUGCACUGGCUUUCUGACGAUUCUGAAAUCGAUGUAAUUGUUUGUCAUCGCAGCUCGCUGAUUACCGGAAGCUCAUCGGGGCAUCUUCGUCUUUGGUCUGUUGUAGGCGUUGGAGAGAUGAGAUUGCCCGGAGAGAAUGAUGUAUUGAAUAAAAAUGGUUUGGUUAUCGAAGACGAAAUGUCUUUGGACGCCGAAGUGAUUUCUGCUUCAUUCGACACAUCCUUGGAAAUGGGUAUUGUUGGUACAGUUGGAGGUACGUUAUGGUACAUUAACUGGACAGAGAGGACGUCUAUUCGUCUUGUCAGCAGUCAUACAGAGAAGAUAAAUUCACUGGUGGCCAGCGGUCCUGAUGACAAAUUCUUUGCGACUUGCUCCGAUGAUGGUAGCUUGAGAGUCUGGACUUCUGAUGACCUCGAACAAACGCUGCAAUUUCAAGUUGUUGAUCAGAGCUGUAAUUGUGUUUCAUUCUGUCCAACUCCUCCACGUGAACCAACACAUAAUGUCUUACAAGAUGGUGAAGUGAUAGCCACAGUACAUCCUAACAUGGAACCAGUGGAGAAACCAUUAAGACCAUCACAUUGCGUGGCUGGUUUUGAUGAUGGAACCGUAAGACUCUUUGAUCUUGGAAGAGUUGAAAUGAUUAUGAAAAUACAUCCUCAUUCUGGGGGCGUUACUGUUAUCAAUUUUUCUUCCUGUGGUCGUGUUUUUAUGAGUGGUAGUACAGAUGGUGUGGUAGCCAUAAGUAGUCCUGCUACUGGCCUCACUGUCCGUUUGAUCCAAGAUCAUAAGGGAGCACCAAUCACUGAUAUGGACAUUGCUUCACAUAAGAACGAUCAUCCAUCAUUCAAUUCUCCCAGAUUGUGGCUUAUUAUGAGCGCUGAUAGUAGGGUUAGCGUAUGGAAGGCCGAUUGGUCGAAGGAUUUCUGCGAGCUUGUUGAUUGGUUAACUUUUCCCGCUCCAAAUAUAACACCUGAAGGAAUUGCUUUGAAAAAAGACGAUGCGUCUGCGUAUUUGCAUCUACCGCCAAGUUUGGCAAGAUUCUCGCCAACAGAGCCCGAUGUUAUUGUGUACAGUGGUUAUGGUCUGAGAAAACUGAUACAAUUCUACAGCUUGUCCCAGAGAAAGGUUUUUCGAACUAUUUUGUUGACACAAUGGGCUUCUUGCUUGGAAUUAUCGCCAAAGGGUCAUUUAAUUGCUGUUGGAACAAAAGAUCGACUAGUGAAAGUAAUUGAUUAUGAUAAAGGUAGCUUUCAAGAUUUCGAUAUGCAUUGUGACUCUAUUAGCCAUGUGACAUUUUCUCCGACCGGAGAUAAACUGUUUUCCGUUGGUUUUUCGGAUGUUGCUUUGUGGAAGGUGUUGAUAUAG